AUGUUCUUUUGGGAGGUGAUAUCCGACGAGCAUGGAAUCGACCCGACGGGAACCUACCACGGCGACUCGGACCUGCAGCUGGAGCGCAUCAACGUCUACUACCACGAAGCCCAGGGAGGAAAGUACGUGCCCAGGGCCAUACUGGUGGAUCUCGAGCCCGGGACGAUGGACUCCGUCAGGUCUGGAGUCUUCGGGCAGUUAUUUCGUCCGGACAACUUCGUAUUCGGGCAGAGCGGAGCGGGCAACGACUCCGGCCCGUCCGCCUUCACGCCGCUUCUCGCGCACUCGAAAUCCUUUAGGCCUGAAUCAUCCGCCCCUGUCGACCGGAUUCGAUCCCCCUGCAAACUCCUCGUCUCAGCUUAUCUUAUCGAGCAUUUCAAGGCCUCGUAUCGGAACGGGCUGUUACCUGUCGUCUACGAGAAGCCAAGCGAGGGGAGACGUUGA